AUCGAGCACACAGACAGCUAGACGUUUCAGUGCGGCGAGGAAGAAAGCAGCAAUGGGAACAUCAAUAUUUUGAGCUUAAUCGAGGGUUUGUUUCUUCUGUUGAUUUCCAAGAUGAAGGUAAAGAUUAAGCAGUGGAAUGGUGUGGCAUCCUGGUUAUGGGUGGCCAACGAUGAGAACUGUGGCAUCUGUCGCGCGCCGUUCAAUGGCUGUUGUCCAGAUUGCAAGGUCCCAGGAGAUGACUGCCCGCUGGUCUGGGGUCAGUGCUCUCACUGUUUCCACAUGCACUGCAUCCUAAAGUGGCUAAACUCCCAGCAGGUGCAGCAGCAGUGCCCCAUGUGUCGUCAGGAAUGGAAAUUUAAGGAGCGAGACACCACCUGAGGAGAAUACAGCAAUUGCUUAAUCAAGUGCUUUUAUUUAUGUAUAUUUGUGUCUUUUACAUCAUAAAAUGUAUGUAAAACUGUAAAUAAAUAUCCCACUUAACAUUUUUAAAUCAGCUUUGUACUAAAUGGCUACUAAAGAAUCACUUGGCUGCUUUAUACACUCUGUAAGGAACAUGUGAGAUUCUUAUUUGUUUUCCACCAGUUUUGACGCGUAUCUUGCUUUCUUGUAUAUAUCACUCAAAGUCCUUAUUCCUUUACAGUGAUUUCUUCUUCUUCCUUAAUUUCAAUAAACAUUUGCAAAUACAGCAUAAUCCAA